AUGUUCGAUGACUUUGUGCAGAGCUCCUCUUCUCACAGCACUCCGCAAAAUCACAGGCGGAUCAGCAACAACCUUGCCAAUGGCCAAUACGUCAACGGUUCGCGCUUCGACACAACCUUUGACUCGAUCAAUGAUGGCUUUGAGGGCGAUGACUACGGCACUCGUGGCAUCGAAGGCGACGACAGUGGCCAUGACGGCUUUGUCUCCUCGAUGCUCGAUCCAAUAGCCGCACUCGAGACUGGCUUCAUCUCCUCCGAUGCCGGACCCUCCUCACACUCCGACCCCAUCUUCCAGCUCGGCAGGGUCCAGUAUGCAUUCUCAGCACCACUGGCAUUGAUGACCGUUUCUUCCAACAUCUUGACCAUGUGUCUCUACGCAUACCCAAAUCCAUCUCAGGCCGCCAAUCCGUUUCCUACAGCUCCACCCAAGCUCGUUCGUAUCAACCUCGACGAUCCAGAACGCACCCAAGAGGCCGAUGUGCCCAUCCCGCCAACACCGCGCUCAGCACGCAAUGCUCCACCACCAGACCCGAGUACAGUGGGCCCUUACAAGAUGUUUGCCGAUCCCUCUGGCCUUCAUCUGCUGCUCGCUAUGCGGAAUGGCGACAACUACUACUGGGCCAGCGGGUGGAGGAAAGCGCGACUUCUGCCCAAGCUCAAGGGUCACAUCAUCGAGAGCGUAGCGUGGAACAGAGCCAGUCUAGCCGGCAACGCAAGCUCAAAUGCGUCGGCAGCGCGUAAACGUGCAGCCAACGGCACUCCGGCGCUCUCAAGCACGCGUGAGAUUUUGCUAGGCACAAGAUCCGGCGACAUCUACGAAGCUGUCAUCACCGCUCCUGUCGGCACCGAUCCGGAUGAUGGUGACAUCUUUGACAAAAUUGCACGUCGAACAGCAGGCAAUGGGGCUGAAAGGGGGGACGUCGACCGUGUCGUGCGGCUCAUGACUUCGCUGCCUGAGCGUCAGCCCGUCACCGGUCUAGCGGCAGAAGUCUUUCCUCGCCCCAGUCCGACAUCGACAUCCAACCCUCCGACACCGGCAUCCAGCGAGCUGCGCAGAGCCGUCGUCAUUGCAACGACAAGUACACGCGUCUACGAAUACGUCGGAGUCCUAGCAAAAGCGAGUAAGGACGAGUCGGACUCGAGCUCUCUUUACGACAAGCUAUUCUUGCCCUAUCGAGGCGAUUCUUCACCCAACCUCAAAUCAGAAUUGCCAGGCGACUUGCCUUACUCGGAGCUGCAUGCGUACACAUCAGCGUCGUCCAAACACAUUUCAGCGCUUGCCUGGCUCACAGGCCCAGGCGUCUACCAUGGCCUGCUUUCCUAUCCGCCGGAUGCAACAGCAGGCGACAGCGUCAUCGAAUCUGCCAACCUCCUACCCUACCCAGCAGUCGCAAUCGAAGAUGAAGGUAGUGGCAGCCCAAACAAACGCCGCAGUCGCAUGAGCACGGCUUCGAAUGGUUUCGGUUCCGCACCCAUCACCAAGAUCCCGCUCAGCAUCGCCUUGACCGAGUUUCACUUUGUCCUGCUCUACCAAGACCGCGUCAUGGCCAUCAGCUCACUCGACGAUCAGGUCAUCUUUGAGGAAGCACUCCCACUCAAGGCCAACGAGCGUGUUAUCGGCACAGCAGUGGAUGCCGCGAAGAGGACCUACUGGAUCUACACCGACGCCAGCAUUUUCGAGCUCGUCCUCCGCGACGAGGACCGCCAUGUUUGGCGCGUCCAUCUCGACCGUGGAUCUUUCGACAUGGCCCUCAAGUACGCCAAGCCAGGCAUCCAACGAGGCACCGUCCUAUCGUUCCAAGGCGACCGAUACUUUGCCGAGGGCAAAUACAUCCAGGCAGCCCAGUGCUAUGCUCAGACGUUCAUGCGCGCCUUCGAAGAAAUCGUUCUGCGCUUCACCGAUGUUGAGCAGCGCGACGCGUUGCGCUACUACCUCGUGAUGCGCCUCGAGCGUCUCGACAAGACAGUCGACGUGGCUCAGCGCAUCAUGCUGGCCACCUGGCUCGUCGAGAUCUAUCUCAGCAAAAUCAACCAGCUCGAAGAUGUCGCCGCUGCCGAAGCUGCAAGUCAGGACGUCGACAACUACCGCCUCGAGAUCACGCUGAUCACCGAGGAGCUGCAUCAAUUCCUGGCAACGUAUCGCUCCCUGCUGGAUCCGCAGACGACAUUCGACCUCAUCAAGAAGCACGGUCGAUCGGACGUCUAUCUGCACUUUGCUUCCGUUGUGGGCGACCAUGAUCGCAUCGUACGCCAUCACGUCCAAACACAGCAAUGGACCAAAGCCAUCGACGCCAUCAACAAGCAAGAUUCGCUCGAGCUGUACUACAGCUUUGCACCAGUUCUCAUGCGUCACGCUCCGGCUCAGACGGUCGACUGCUGGUCGCGUCAGCGUAGUCUCGACGCUCGCAAACUGAUCCCGGCGCUACUACAGCACAAGCCUGACUUGGACCUUGGCGAGACGGACCAGGCGGUCAAGUAUCUUGCAGGCAUCAUCGCUGGGAAGAACGGAAGCAAGGACACUGCCAUCCACAACCUUCUGCUCACCCUGCUUGCACGUCGAUCAUCACGCUACCCGAAACGGGAUGAGCUCAAGGAGGAGCUGCUGCGAUUCAUCGACGAAGCCAAGCCAAACCCGAUGACCGGGCAUCCGUACUUCGAUCUCGAUUACGCUCUGCGCACUUGCCUAUCUCAGCGACAGAUGGAGGCGUGUGUACGCAUCUACGCCAAGAUGGGACUUUACGAGUCGGCUGUGGAGCUCGCCAUUCGAGAAGGUGAGAUCGAGCUGGCAUGCAGCUGUGCCGACAUGGCCGAAUCGAUGGAUCGCGAUCUGCGAAAGAAGCUCUGGCUCCGGGUCGCCAAGGAAGUCGUGCGCACCUCAGCCGACAUGAAAUCCGCCAUGGCGUUCCUGCGUCGCACCGAUCUCAUUUCGAUCGAAGACGUGCUGCCCUUCUUCCCAGACUUUGCUGUUAUUGACGACUGCAAAGACGACAUCUGCGAAGCGUUGGAAGGCUACGCUGCGCACAUUGAAGAGCUGAAAGACGAAAUGGACGAGGCAUCACGGUCGGCCGCAGCCAUCCAGCAGGACAUCGCUAGGCUCAGCGAGCGAUUUGUGACCAUCGAUCCGGAUCAAAGGUGCCAUCACUGCAUGCAGACGCUGGUGCAGCGACAGUUCUAUAUCUUCCCGUGCAGACACGGCUUCCACGCCGACUGCCUUAUUGGCGAGGGGACCAAGACCAUGUCGACGCGCAGCCUGCGCAAACUGCUCGAGCUGCAGCAGCAAAUCUCGGCGCUCACCAGUGGACUUGUACCUGCGCUGCCAAAUUCGGCGCUCGCAAACAUGGGCUUCCUCAAGGACGGAUCGAAAGCGAUGGUCAGCGCAGCCCAAGGUGCGAGACAGGCCGGACUCGUCGGACUGCAAGCGAGUGCGAGAGGUCUGGGCAACGUGACAGCCGCCGUGGGUCUUGACAAGCUUCGCGAGCUGGUGGUGCCGGACGCAGUGAUCAGCGCCAUCUCGGCUGGUGUCAGUGUCAGCGUUGCCGGUGGACGCCGAGUGCUGGCGCCGUUGGAUCCCUUUUCGAACCCGACGUCGGAUCUGGUUGCUGGCUCACGCACCGCGGCGCAGCGACGAGCUGCUGCUCUCAUCGCCACGGACGCUGACGCGAACAGCGCGAGCGCAGAGUAUGGAGAGGACAAGAACACGAUCGGCUCAGCGAGGAGCAUCGAGGAUCAAGAGAGGAUUCAGCAGCUGCGUGAUCAGCUCGAUGCGCUGAUUGCUGGAAGCUGUCCCAUGUGCGAAGGGACCGCCAACGCCAUCGGCCGACCUUUCAUCUCGGACAAGGAGGCUGCUGAAGAGUGGGCCUUAUAG